GUUUCAUUGAGAUCUCGCGAUAGUUUCUGUGAGCCGAGGGAUCUAUCAUGGCGGCUAGCUGUUGUGGUGUGAAGAAACAAAAGCUCAACAAUUCGAUGCCAUCGAUUUGUUGUAAUGGCUCCGCGGUUCAUCCGAAUACUUUCAAAAAUGGUUAUAGUGUAGCCUGUCGCGACAUGUGUUACUUCUGUUUUGACGUUUUGCACAGUUAUUUGCAUAAUUAUGAUCCGCCCAGAAACCCAGUUUUCACCAACGAUGCAUAUCCAUUGUUUGUUACAUGGAAAAUAGGUAGUAACCGUCGUCUCCGAGGAUGUAUAGGAACAUUCUCUGCCACCAAUCUACACAGUGGCCUCAGGGAAUAUGCUGUCACUAGUGCUAUGAAAGACAGCCGUUUUAGUCCAAUAACCAAGGACGAGUUUAGCAAACUGCAUGUUUCUGUGUCCAUACUCACCAAUUUUGAGGAUGCCAAAGACUUUGAAGAUUGGGAGGUUGGAACACAUGGCAUUAGAAUUGAGUUUUUAAACGAGAAAGGCCACAAGAAAACAGCCACAUAUUUACCGGAAGUUGCCAUUGAACAAGGAUGGAACAUAGAACAGACAAUAGACUCUCUUCUCCGCAAAGGUGGCUUUCGUGGACCUAUAACAAACGAAGUGCGUAGGAAUUUACGAUUGACUCGAUAUAGGAGUGAAAAAAUAAUGGUAGCUUACGGGGACUAUGUAGGCUCCAAACAAAAUGGCCAUGCAUGAUGAUAGCAAUGUACAGCAAUGUACCUGGCAGCGAUAGAGCACAACAUAGGCGGACAACUACUCAUUCACCAUGGAAUAUAUGUCGGAAUAUCUGAUGAUUUUAGUACAACUGUAAUCAUAUGACUUGCGAAUAUAUAUAUAUGUUUAUAUUACAGACUUCAAUAGAUCUCAGGUUUAAAGAGACAAGGCCCCAAAAUUUUGAGAUUCACUACAGGGACAGAAAUGAUUCUAGUAGCCAAUGUUAUUAGUAAGGUUAUUUUGAAGUAAGUCCUGAAAAAGUCAUUCUUGACAGAAAUUUUAUAUGCACAAUCUUAUAGUUACCAGAACAAGUUACAUAGACUUGCUACCAGGUAAUUACAACAUUUUGGGAUUCCUGGAAAAGGCCACAUUUUAUCUUCCUUUACAGAAGCCAUUCCAUUAAAAAAAAUUCUUUCAACCCUGUGCAUAAUUAGGAUUUGCGCAGCUACUAAAAACUCUUUUUAGGAAUCACACAACUUCUAAAACAGGUCUUUUUUGGUGCCUGAACUAUUUAUUAUUCUGCUGAAAUUUCUUUGCAUGACCAUUUGGCUUCAACAAACAAGAAUUUUACCUGGGUCUGUAUACAUUAGAGGUUUUAUAAAUAUUCGAAUUAAUAUGAUAGUAUUUUGAAAUAUUUAUUGUAAUAAUGUCAACAACAGUAUAAACAUGCAUAUAUAUGUGCUAGUUGCAUAUACAUUUCAUGUGUUUGCUUGGGUACAAUUUCCAAGAGUAUAUAUUUAUGUAUGAUGAACAUGUAUAAUUAAAAGCAAUUAUAAAUCAUUGGAAGAACUUUGAUCUGGAAAAAUAUAUCUUGUCAGUUGUCAUCAGUGCUAAGAAUUCCUUUAAUAGUCUAUCAGUAAAGACCUUUCUUCUUUAGGCAACAAAAUAGGCUGAAGAUAUUAUAGCUACCAAAAUAAAUAGUGAAUUAAAAACAAAACAAUAAAAUUGUAGGUCAUUUUAAAGGUCCGAUUGACCUGUAUUGACCUUCCUUUAUUAUUUCUCAUGGUCAAUUCUGAAGUAAAUUGACUGCUAUUGUAGACAUGCAGUAUAGUCUAGUGUAUUAGUAAAAUUAGAAAUAUUUUAACUUUUCAUGACUUAUUGAGCUCUUUAUAAAAAUAUCCAUACUUUUUUAAGAAAUCUGAAAUCAGGAGUAAGCCCAACAUUGUCAGAAAAAACAUAUGCAUACCAUCAUUUGUUUUAAAGGAGGAUUAUAUGCUCAAUUUGUAUCCAUUUUUUUUAUUCUGUGCACCAGAAGAAUGGUUGUAGAGACUGAAUAAUUAAGCUUAACACUUGAGGACCCACCUCCAUAUUGGUCUCCCCUACCCCACCCUCCAUUUUAAACCAUUUGCAGCCUUUUUCUAUUUGAUACAACAUCGGAGACGGUCUCAGGGAAACAUAAACUAUAUUUGGCUGCUCUUGAUCGAGUUAGAACAGGCUUGUUGUGUAUGUACGCAUGUGUGUAAGUCACUUUUGUAUCGGUAUAGAAUAUAGUAAUAGAAGUAUUGUUCAAGAAUAUGUAUAAAGGGUUUUGUAUCUAUCUUUUUAAUAUGUAACUAUCCUUUGGUAUAAGAUAACUAGAUUGAUGUCAUUCUUGAAAUUUCAUUCUUGAAAUCAUUAUGCACCAUUUUAAAAUGAAAGCACAUGCAUGUAUUUAUAGGAUAAUAACCCUAUAAUGUUCAGUCAUUGAUUAAUAUGAAAAGUCCUAAGUGUUUGUCCAGAGCUUUUUCAAACAUGAAACCAUAGUUUUUUUCUGUGUUUUCCAUGGAAUAAUUUCAAAUAUUUGUUUUGAUUAGAAUGAAGAUCUAAAUGUUGAAAAAAUAUUUAACUGGUCCUUUGGUGACCAAUAUUCAAUAACAUGAUCACAGCUUCUGUUAGUCCCUUGGUUAUACAAAUGAAAUUUUACAAUUAAACUUUGUCCCUUAGUUAUCUCAAGAGUAUAAUUUCUGGGGGUAAACUCUCUUUUGGUUCCUUGGUUCUGCCUAGGAUGUUUUGUAGCUGCCUAUUGGUUCCUGGAUUUACCAAUGAUCUUGGAUGUUACAAAGCUUGCUAUUGCUCCCUUAGUUCUGUCUAGGAUGCUAUAAAGGUGCCUAUUGGCUCUUGGUUUUUCCAGGAAUUAUCUAAUUAGAUGUUAUAAAGUUUCUUAUUGGUCCUUUGGUUCUUCCAAUGUUAUGGGUUCUAUAGGUUUUUCUUAUAAUAUUCAUGGAAAUUUAAAAUCUAAUACAAUAGGUUAGUAAUACCAUUGGUCAAAACAUUUUAAUAGAUGAUACCAUUGGUCAAAACGUUUUUAUUUUGUUGAGUGGUCAUCUAGGCAGAUAGACUGUAAUAAUUCUGAAUUACCCUUUUAUUUACUGGUUUGAAACCAUUUAUUUCUUUUACUAAUAAUAAUUAAUCAUGUUUUAAGUUUAUUUUUUGAUACAUUACUACAAAUAAUUUAGGUAUAUUACUUGUGUGUUAAUCUGUUGUUGUUUUAUGAUACAUUUGAAAAAUGAAAUAUAUGCAUGGUUUUAUGUGUGUUAGACUCCAUCCCAUUUUUGCUGAUAUAUAUUUUUUUGUGUUCUUGAUAAAGAUGUGAGAAGUUACUAAACAUAGCAGUGUAAAUGUUGCCACAUAUUUGCCAGAAUGUUGAUAGUAUUAUUAACAUGUGAAGAGUAUCGCUCAUGUACAUGAUCGACAGGUAUAUACACACACAUACAACACAUGUUCCGCCUCGCAUAUCAUGAUUGAAAGACAAAUUAUAUAAAACUGUCUGUGAUGUGUGUCUGGUUUGUAUACAAGGUGUCAUCAUGUUGAAUUGCUGCCAGAAUAUUUGCUGUACAUGCAAAGUUAGGAACAUCAGUUUUCAAUUCUACAAUGUAAUAACUGUAGUGAUUUUAAUGAAGUUUUAUUUGUUUUGUAACUCGGUGGUAUUAAGCAUUGAGGUAGAGGAAGAUAUUGUGUUUUAAACUGAUUAUGUUUGUAUCAUAUGUUUGCUUCAGAGGAAAUAAUUUUGUCAUUAUUGUAUUUUUCAGAUAUUCAUUUACCUGUAUUUAAAUCUUAGCCAAUAUAUUUCCAGUAUUAAAACAGAGAUCAAUAUAUUAUUCUCCAUAAAACCUUGUUAUACUGCCACUAUUUUCAGUAAAACCUUAUUAUUUAUAUACAGAUUGUACUACCAGUAUUUGUCAGUAAAACCAUAUUAUACAUUGUACCUCCACUAUUUGGUCUGGGGAGUUUUUGGCAUUGAAAAAAGGAUUUGGCAAUACAAAUGAAAAUCAAGAGGAAAUCUGAAAAAUGAUAAAGAAAAUAAUGUAUGGGAGAAUGCAAAAGCGGGAUAGGUGUUGUAGGAAUGCAUUUUAAAGUGAUUUCUGAGUUGACAGUCUGUGUAAAAUGAUUUUGACAAUCAUGUACGGCUGUCUAGUUUAAAAAAAAUUUGGAUUUGAGCUUGUGCUACAUUUUAUAGAACUCAAACUAGAGUGUAUGAUAUGGUACAGGAUAUUUUCUGUCUGGUUUGUAAAACUUCCUGCCAUCAAAAUUGUGUCGGAAGGAGAUUCAAAAACUAUUUUAAUUCUGAAAUGAAUAAAUUCUUAUUGUAUCACCAAUGAUUUGAUCGAUUUGAAAAGAAAAUACACUGACUCAAUCCUGGAAUUCACAAUCUUGAAUGCACUAUUGCUGUUUCUGUUCUGCUCUUGUUUUGUUAAAAAGUAAAAUUCAUUUCACAUAAAAAUUGAAUACUAUUUGUUCUUAUCAUAUGGAGGUGUACUGCUAAUGAUAUACAUGUACAUAAUUCGGGCAUUAAACAGAAAGUUAUAAUUUUGAAAAAGAAAAUAAAUGGCUCUUGCGCCAAAGCUGCUAUCCAAAUGUGCAUUUCUCAGUAUGCAAUGUGAAAAAAAUGUUGUGAUUUUAUUGUAUCACUUGAAAGAAAACUGAUUUUGUUGUAUCACUUGAAAGAAUACAGUAGAGUGUUUAUACUUUUUUUUCCUGUAGAAAAAUAUACCUGCAGUAUGUGCAUUCAUUACGUAAAGGAAAGUUACUGUACAUUUAAAAAGUAUGUUUGAUAUAUUCCAUGCAUCAAAUGCAUACAUGUUUAACACCUGAAGUAAACCUAGUGUGGUGAGAUAUUUUAGAUUUUAAAAACAGAUUUUAAUGAUUUGUUUUUAUUUAAAGAAAAAUUUCAAAUUAACUGCUUUCGUAGAUUUUAUAUAUUAAGUGUCUUUCGUAAUUUUUUUUUGUAAUUUUUUUAUCAAUUUCCUAAAAUUUGAAAUGAUUAAUGUAUAAAAAGCAUUACAUCUGGUAGUAUUAAAAGGGAAUCAGUAUGCUUUUCAUCAACAUAAAUUAAAGAACAUUCCUACUAUAGACCAAAUUUUAGCUAUUAGAUGAAAACAUAUGAGAUUCAUCACAUAUUGUGUAUAUGAUGGCAUCAAAAUGAUCAAUGAUAUCCAAUGUUUCAUCUACUGUAUACAAAGCACAAAACCUGAUGUAAACUAAAAAAUGAAUGCAGACAAUAUUUAAGAUACAACAGAAUUUAGGCCAGAUUUGGAAAAUAAGGAAUAUUGACGUGAAUGUUUUGUCCUAUGAAAAAUAUAAAUAAUAAAGUUGAUUAACAAAUUUGAGAAAGAAAAAUGUGUUUCUGAAUAAAGAUGAUCUGUUUUUUUUUUUAACAAUUUAUGUAAAAAAAAAACAACAAUUGUACGACAAAUAUAUUAUCAGUAUUUCAUAUAUGUAUCAUAUUCUGCAAUAAGCCCAUGGUUGGCGAUAAGCCCACCCAUAUCUAUUUUAGUUUAAAAUAGAAAUGGGAAUGAACGCUGUUUCAUUGGUAUGUAAUGUUUGACACAAGGGCUUAUUGCAUGAUAAAUAUUAUAUGUUAGACAUUUGGAUUGCUACAUACUAUUUUUGUGGUGAUAUCAUACUACAAUGUAUUUGCAUUUAUAGAACUUUAAAUCUUUUUGAACUUUUCAUCAUUGAACUUUAAUUACUUUUAAUAUGAUACUUGCUAUUCUGUGGCAUGGCUGACUUUCUUUAACUUUACCUGCAUUAAAUGGAAAUAUUUUAAUUAGAACUGUUUUAAGAUAAAGAUUAAAUAUUCUUAAUACGAAAAUAUUAUUUGUUUAAAAAAAAUGAGCUGGAUCUCAAAGAGACAAGUCAAGUUACAACUGCAAUGUUUGAAGAAAAUUUGUUCUUGCCCCUUUUCAGGUAAUAGAUGUAUUGGGAAUUCAUUUUAUAAUAAUGUUCGUACAUUUUAUCUUUGAACAUUCCAUCAAAUAGAAAUACAAUUAACUUAACAAAUUUUAUCAAAACUGUUAUCAAUCUACCAUGAUACUGGUGUCUCAUGUCAACCACUUCCUCAAUAGGCUCUGCUUGAUUUGUACAGUGGCAAAGAAUCCGGCUUGACUGGGUAGCCACUCAUUGGCAAAAUCAACAAGACUGGCAUGCCCCUAUCAAGUGACUGGCACAUUCCAUUAAAGACCGGCAUACAACAAAUCAAGCACAGCCCUGACCUAGAUUGUUGAUUGAAAUAGAACUGUGUUCCCUUCUCUCCUUCAUACCUAGUCAUGUUGUUGUGUUUUAUUGGACUUUGUAGGAGUAUAAUGUAUCGGCUUGUCUGUAUAGAAAUACACUGAUAGUGUGUAGUCGGGAGGUACAUCUGAAGGCCACUCACAGGGAUUGGUCUAUCAGUCAUACACUCACAUUGCAAUCAAGUCAUUUUGAAAAUGUAUUCAGCACUUUUGGUUUUUUGUCAACAUACAGAUAAAAUAAAAAUGAUAUCUAUAUGUCGGAUGUAGUACAUUGGAACCAUUUAAGGCAAAACAAUGAUGUGGAAACUAAGUUUAUACUUUGAAGAUUUUAAUUAACCAAUCAAUGCUGGCCAGAUGUUAAAUGGUACAUUGACCAAUCGUUGUGAAGUGUCCAGGGUUUUCUAGGUACUGACCAAUUGUUGUGAAGUGGCCAGGGUUUCCUAGGCACUGACCAAUCGUUGUAAAGUGUCCAGGAUUCCUAGGUACUGACCAACUGUUGUGAAGUGUCCAGGGUUUCUAGGUUACUGACCAAUCAUUAUGAAGUGCCCAAGUUUGCAAGGCACUGACCAAUUGUUGCAAAGUAUCCAUGAUUGCAAAGUACUGACCAAUCGUUGUGAGUUAUCCAGGGUUGCUAGACAUUGGCCAAUCAUUGUUAAGUGCCCAUGUUGCUAGGCUCUGACCAAUCACCAACAUUCACAGAUUUUUCUGACCAAUCACUGUGAAGUGCCCAGGGUUGGGUGUAGCAUUGUCAUCACCACCACAUGCCUUAUCCUGUGUGUAUGUAUGUAGUAUGUUAUAUCACUGUUAUAAUCAAAAGUAGAGGCAAUAAAGAAAAUGUCAACUUAC